UCUGAAAGCAUCAUGGCAAAUUAUAUCACGCUCCUCAACUGGGAAGUGAACCAGCUUCUCUGAGCAGGUGUCAGGAGUAGGACAUUCACAUAAACACUGGAGCACGAGAGGAAGAGAGAACGAACUUUUUUUUGUAUUUUCUAGUUUUUAUUCUCCCCAGCCUCCCUUUUAGUUCAGAAUUGAACUAUUUUUUAUGUUCUCGAAAAUGGUGUCCAAGUUGACAUCUCUCCAACAGGAGCUCUUGAGCGCCUUGUUAGAUUCCGGAGUUACCAAAGAUGUUCUGAUCCAAGCGUUGGACGAUAUGGAUCCUAGCCCGAAUGGCUUUGGAGUUAAGUUGGAGAAUCUACACAUGUCUCCGCCAAGUUCGAAAAUCAACGGAAAUGAUUCGGAUUCGAAGCCGGUAUUUCUUACGUUGUGCAACGGGCACGGUAAGGGCAAACUGUCGGGAGACGAGGGGUCCGAGGACGGAGAUGAUUUCGAUACCCCACCGAUACUAAAAGAACUCCAGUCGCUUAACACGGAGGAAGCAGCGGAGCAGAGGGCAGAAGUUGACCGAAUAUUAGCUGAGGACCCGUGGCGUGCCGCCCGCAUAAUCAAAGGCUACAUGCAACAGCACAACAUACCACAGCGCGAGGUGGUGGACGUAACCGGACUAAAUCAGUCUCACCUCUCACAGCACCUCAACAAAGGCACGCCCAUGAAAACUCAGAAGCGAGCGGCGCUCUACACCUGGUAUGUCAGGAAACAGCGGGAAGUUCUCAGACAAUUCAACCAGGCAGUGCAAGGUUCUGUCAGCAAUAUGACUGACAAAGGCAGUCAGGAUCAGGUGCUGUUUUUCUUCCCAGAGUUCAACCCUCCUGGUCAGGGUAUGGGGCAGCAAGGGGAGGAGGUGGGCUCUGAACCUUCCUGCAAGAAAAUGAGACGGAACCGUUUCAAAUGGGGGCCUGCAUCCCAACAGAUCCUCUACCAGGCCUAUGAAAGACAGAAGAACCCCAGCAAAGAGGAGCGGGAGGCUCUGGUGGAGGAGUGCAACAGGGCUGAGUGUCUCCAGAGAGGGGUGUCUCCAUCUAAAGCUCAUGGGCUGGGCUCUAACCUGGUCACUGAGGUACGGGUCUAUAACUGGUUUGCCAACCGGCGUAAGGAAGAGGCCUUCCGUCAGAAGCUGGCAAUGGACGCCUACCCCAUACCCAUCCACAGCAUGAACCCUCUCCUGUCUCACAGCCACAGCUCUCCACACCACCACAGCUCCCAGACCAGCGCAUCCCCCCCUAGUAAGAUGCAAGUGCGGUACAGCCAACAAGGACCCAGUGAGGUCAGCUCCUCGACGACCAUCAGCCACCAUGGCAGCAUGUCGACCAGCCAGUCGGUGUUACAGCAGGUGUCUCCGGGCGGCUUGGACCCCAGCCACAGUCUGCUGUCACCUGAUGCCAAGAUGAUGUCUGCGUCAGGUGGAGGCCUGCCACCUGUGAGCACGCUGACCAACAUCCACAACUCCCACCACACACACCAGCAGACACAGAACCUCAUCAUGCCUCUCUCUGGAGUCAUGACCAUCGCACAGAGUCUGAACACGUCGCAGUCUCAGUCGGUGCCAGUGAUCAACAGCGUGGCGGGGAGCCUUGCAGCGCUGCAACCGGUGCAGUUCUCCCAGCAGCUCCACAGUCCCCACCAGCAUGGCCUGAUGCAGCAGUCCCCCAGCCAGCAGCCCUUCAUGGCCACCGUGACUCACUCACACAGUCAGUACCUGCCUCUUAUGUACCCUCACAAGCAGGAGCCCACGCAGUAUUCCCACCAGUCACGGUUUCCCUCAGCCAUGGUGGUGACAGACGCCAACAGCCUCAGUACUCUCAGCUCCAUGUCAUCCAGCAAACAAGAUUCUACCGUAAACAAGAUGGUGCAACUGGGGGGUCUCUCCUGGUGUCCUCUUCAAGCCUGGUGAGAGUACACACCUGACUUCCUUGGUGUCUAGCAACAGGAGCACAUUUUUCCACCCACUCACUGUGGUAACCAUGACAACUAAUAACUGGCAACAGCGCACUGGACGAUGAGUCAGUCAAUAAAUCCAGAGUGGCGGUGGCGGAGGGCGAGAGGAGAGGAGUGAGAGAAGGGGAGAGAAAUGAACAUAGCAGGUUUUGCGUUAAUAGACACCUAAAUGAAGGGAGGAGAAACUGGAUUUCCCCUGACAUACAGAUGAUCAGCAACAAGGACGUAUGAUUUUUCACUACAAACACAAUCUUGUGAAAACAUGAUUAAUUUCUCUAUCUUUUCAUUGAAAAUGUGUGCAAAUGACAAGUCAUCGCUUCUAUGUGGCCAAUCAUUUGUGACAUUAUCAAGGAACAAAACGAAUGGAUCUUCACAUUAUGCCUUACAUGCUGUGGUAUGUAAGAAUAGGACUGGUGGAGUGGGUGUCCAUGAAGAACUAACAUGUUACUGUGAUCUGAUGUGGAAGAUGAAGGCAUACGGAGGCUGGGGUGAGAGGACACAGUCUGCCUCAGUCGGCCCAGCUACGUUGGGCUGUGGUGGGGAUAGACUGUAUGGGGGACUGGGUGAUUCCCUCUGGCACGGGGCCCGGACUCAUGAUGGGCAGAUCUGAAUAAUCUGAUCCCCACUAUACUGUAUAUUAUCAACGACAAUGCACAACUAUCAGAACUACUGGAUGACAAUCAUAUUAACUUUGUCCUGAGCAACUGUAUAGGUUUUUGUAGAUAGAUAUUUCAUAUAGGUACAUACCUGUUCUGUUUGAAGGAGUCUUCCAUGUUGGUUUUUCCUAAUGUGAUUUUCUGUACUGAACAGUCAAUAGUGCAGAUAAUUAUAACUUCGUUCAUGUGUCUAAAGGAUUUCAACAUUUGUAAUUCCCAAACACGGGGGAAAUAUAAUAGACAAUAUAUUUGUAUUUUUUAUUUGGUUCCAAUUGUAAACUGUGAUUGAAAGAUAUGACAAUCUUUAGAACUAAAGGACUAUGCAAUGUGCAUAGAAGUGCAUAUGAAGCCUCAGAAGACUAAAACGUGUACAGUACUCUUCAAACAGAAGACAGAGGAAUUUCUGAGAUGCACCAUUACACUAUGAACUUAAUGACCCUCAUGUUGUUUCUGUUGUCAGAGCUCCGCACAACAUGACACAAAACAUUAAACCAAAGUUUUAUUUCGUUUUUUUUAUAUACAUGUACAGUAGAUACUGUAUAUAAAGUAGUCAGAAAUUCAGUUGGACACUUUGGGUG